AUGAAGACUGCCUUCGCCACGACCAUCUUCGCGUUCACUCGCCUCGCCACGGCCACUUGCCAUGGAAAUAACUGUGCCAGGGCCGUCACUGGCUUCGGACCUCACGUGAAGCCCGAAGUUUCAAUCCGCAUAGGGGACUGCUCUGACUUCAUGCGUGCCACCGUCAGCCCUGAUCCAUCCACCACCACCAUCACCAAAACCUCCCCUACAACCGUUACCAAAUACACCACCAAUGGGCAAGCCGAAAAGAGAUUUGCCGUUGCGGAACCUCUGGUCAACCCCAUUGCCCCUCGCGCUCCCGUCACGAUUUUCCCCAGCGUCUUGCCCUACUAUGCCACCAAAGUGUGCGCUGGCACGUCCGAAUACUCCUCUGUAUGCAACUGCUGGGCAAUCACUCCAACCGUGACAACCCUGGAACCGGCCAUCGUGCCCACAACCACAACCACGACCGCAACCGUGACGGUGGACGUCACUUGCGAGAUGGCGGCCAUCUGCCCAUUCAACAAGGUCAACACCUUCCCCUGCAAAAAAGGGCAGAAGAAGGGCCCGCGCUGUGCUUGCCUCAAGGGUGCAGUCAAUAAAGACCCAAACAUCUGCGUCCAGAAUCUGGAUUGCAAGAAGGCCAAGACGUGCAAAUCCUCGGACAACUGCGAACCGGAUGAGGGCUGUGUUCAGCACCAUUGCUGCGGUAACAAGAAGACGAAGAUCUGCCUCAAGUAUGCGCCAGAAAGCUGCUAA